AUGACGGGUGUAGCUGGAGGCAUUGCGUCAACGUUAGGCAUCUUGAAUCCUGACCAUGACACACUUAUACAGAUGGGAAGUGCAAUCGGCCUGGGCUCUCUUAUUGGCUUAGGAAUUGCUCACAGGAUAAAGGUAUCCGAUCUUCCCCAACUUGUGGCAGCUUUUCAUUCAUUCGUAGGCUUAGCUGCAACUUUAACAUGCUUAGCAGAUUUCAUGGUGGAACAUCCGCAUUUCCUUGUUGAUCCAAGCGGCACCGCAGCAGCAAAGACUUCUCUUUUCCUUGGAGCCUUUAUUGGUGGGGUGACGUUUACUGGAAGUCUGAUGGCAUACGGAAAGCUUCAAGGUAUCUUAAGUUCUGCCGCCGUUCAUCUACCCGGACGCCAUCUUCUCAAUAGCGCGCUUCUAGCUGGAAAUGGCGCAGCAUUAGCCCUGUAUAUGACAAAUCCUGAUUUUAGCACAGGAUUGAGUAUGCUUGGGACAACAGCUGGAUUGAGUAGUGCCGAUAUGCCUGUUGUCAUAACAGUCCUGAAUAGUUAUUCCGGAUGGGCAUUGUGCGCCGAAGGUUUCAUGCUUGAUAACGACUUGCUCACAAUUGUUGGUGCCCUAAUUGGAAGCUCCGGAGCUAUCCUAUCGUACAUCAUGUGCAAGGCCAUGAACCGCUCCCUAAUGAAUGUUAUCCUUGGCGGAAUGGGUACGAAGUCGCAAGGAAAAGGAAAAGCGAAGGCAAUUGAAGGGACUGCGACAACGACAACGGUACCCGAG